CUGUAACAUUACAGAUUAUUUUCCGGGCUGCAUUUCUUUUUGAAUUGCUUGCUGUUGGCUUUUCUUCAUCGUCUUGGGGUUAUCAUGAUUUAGAUUCUAAAUUGCUCUUUCUAUGCGUCGUGUGGGAUCGGUGCAUUGAUUCAAUCAUGGCGUUGGAAAGCGAAAAGGCAAGCAAGAGUAGAGAUCCGGCGUUAUAUCCGAAGAAAAUCAAGAAGCGGAAAUGGGAUGACAGUGUUGAUGGCUCUGGAAAGGGAAAUCAUUCAGCCAAGCGAGUCAUUCUCCAGGGCGAUGGGAAUCGGCCCAAUUCUACGUCAACUGGGAACCAACCCGGGGAUCAAGGCCGCAGCUCCACAAAGAACUCUCAACGUGGGAUAUCCAAACCAUCCCUCAAUGUUGGUGAAAAGGGAAAGCGACAUCAAUCCCUAAAGGAAAAAGCCAAAGUGCUGUUUGAAGUACGGAAACGGUUGCCGAUAUUUGCGCAUGCAGAAGAGAUCCGUCAACACCUUCGCCGGACAGAUGUGAUGCUGUUGAUUGGUGAAACUGGUAGCGGAAAGAGUACUCAAGUUCCGCAGUUUCUUGUUGAUGAGGAAUGGUGCUGUGCGAAGACGGUCAAGGUUCGCUCCCCGUCGCCGAGCGGUGGUAAACGGGCUAAAGUGGAGGUUGGGGGUUGUGUUGCCAUCACACAGCCAAGACGUGUCGCUGCAGUCUCUUUGGCGAGGAGGGUAGCGGAAGAAAUGGGGACGCCGUUGGGAAAUUCGUCACCAGCCAGCAAAGUGGGCUACUCUGUGAGAUUUGACACGUCGACGUCCCCGAGCACGAAAGUGAAGUUCUUGACCGAUGGGAUGUUGUUGCAGGAGAUGUUGAGCGACCCGUGGUUGACUAAGUAUAGUGUUGUUGUGGUCGAUGAAGUUCAUGAGCGAGGUGUCAAUGUGGACCUCCUACUGGGGUUCCUAAGAAAUCUGGUUUCUGGAACGAAGGAGGGAAGAGGCGGUGUGCCGUUGAGAGUCGUCGUAAUGAGUGCUACAGCUGAUAUGGAGAGUUUACUUGCUUUCUUUAAGGAGGGAUUCAUUCGAGGCUCUGGAGAUGGUGUUGCAAGAGACAAUGAUACAAAUGGAGGGAAUGGAAGCUCGGACGCGGAGCUGAAUGGCGACUACGGAGAUACUCCAGCCGAAACUGUCAAAAGAGUGCAUAUGGAGCCAGCUGUGUGUCAUAUAAAAGGGAGAAUGUUUCCGGUAACAACUAUUUAUUCUCCAGAGCCUGUCCCCGAUUUCGUCGAUGCCGCUUUGAAGACAAUAUUUCAAAUUCAUUACAAGGAGCCGCUACCUGGUGAUAUUCUCGUCUUCCUUACUGGGCAAGAGACGGUCGAGUCCCUUGAAUAUAUGGUCAAUGACUAUGCACACGGCAUGGAUCCAGCCCUGCCGAAGGUGCUGGUUGUCCCGUUAUUUGCUGCAUUACCUCAGGCCGCGCAGCAGCGUGUGUUCCUGCCCACACCACCCAGAAAGAGAAAAAUAAUUCUAGCUACAAAUAUUGCGGAAACGUCUGUCACUGUGCCGGGAGUUAGAUAUGUCAUUGAUUGUGGGAAGGCCAAGAUGAAACAGUUCCGAACUCGAUUGGGUCUGGAUUCACUCCUCGUGAAGCCGAUAUCAAAGUCUGCAGCCAUCCAGCGGAAAGGUCGUGCUGGUCGAGAGGCACCAGGUCAAUGUUAUAGACUCUACACUGAGAAGGAUUACUUGGCGCUACAAGAAACCAAUACUCCAGAAAUAUUACGAACUGACCUGAGUCAAGCGAUUCUAACUAUGAAAGCAAGAGGUGUUGAUGACAUUGUGGGCUUUCCUUUCCUUACACCUCCUCCACGAGAUGCCAUCGAAAAGGCCCUGCUGCAAUUAUUUAACAUCCAAGCACUAGCGGGGACCGGCAAGAUCAGUGCGAUUGGAAGGCAGAUUGCCAAACUUCCUCUCACUGCCCCGCUUGGGCGAGUUUUGCUUGCUGCAGCAGAUCACGGAGAAAAUUGCUUGCGAGAUGUCAUUGACAUCAUUUCGUGUUUGAGCGUGGAGAACAUCUUCCUGGGUACGACAUCUGAGGAAAAAAAGGAAGAAGCCGAGAAGGCUCGCCGAGAUCUCUACCGCAGAGAGGGAGAUCAUCUGACAAUGCUGGUAACCGUUCGUGCUUAUUCGGCAGAAAACUCUGAUCGUAAAGCAUGGGCGGAGAGGCAUAUGGUGUCGCACCGUGCUAUGCAAGCUGUUAUGGAUGUCCGCAAGCAGCUUAUUACUCAAUGCAAGCAAGCCAAACUUUUCGAUGCCAAACAAGGAGGCGAUGAGGAAGCCCGGAAUUUAUCCAUAAAUCCAGUUCCUGGCGAUAGUUAUGAUCCCGUUUUAAUUCUGAGGAGCUUCCUUGCCGGAUUUGCGUGUAAUACGGCAAGACUCUUCCCAGAUGGAAGUUACAGGACCAUUGUUGGGAACCAAACCGUCGCCAUUCAUCCAUCCAGCGUUCUAUUUGGGAGAAAGGUCGAAGCAAUAAUGUACAAUGAAUAUGUGUUUACGAACAGGAGCUACGCCCGUGGAGUGAGUGCUGUGCAGAUGAACUGGAUUGGCGAGGCACUGGCAAGUUCGUAGGUGGAGUUUUUAUAUAGAGGGAUAUUCAAUCCUCGAUAUUCCAUAAUAGCAUCAGCAGGAACAGGACUGUGGGGAAGAAUGAGAGGGGUUCCUUGUGAAAAUAAAACUGUGCUCACGCAUGGUUACUGCGUCUCCAACCUGUCGAGGUGCACAGACCCCGCAUAUCGAUCCACAGCGAUCGAAUAUCGACAGUCGUCAAGGCUUGCUCUUCCCCGGUCUGUGCCAUUUGGGCCAGAAGUGGUGAUUCGAUUCGCGGCACUGUGUGGCGUUUUGGCUUUGGGGAUACGAUUCCAACUCCACAUUGUUUG